GCUAGUCACGUGCCAGUGGGUGCUUAGAGCAUACCUAAAUCUACUGGUGUCCGCCAGCAUCGGAAGUAGCUCAUAACCUAUAUCAUUCUCUUUGGUGCUAUGGCUUCUCAAGCAAAAGAAAAUAGCUACCCGCCGCCACCUCCAUCUCCCCCGCCACCCGAGAACCUGAAGUCGAAGAUAUCUCCAUAUGUCCUAAAAUUAAGAAACGCUCCUCCCGAUUACUUCUACCAAGCACCGAUAAAUUCGCCUUUUGUUGAUCUACUUGCAGCACCCACUGGCCCAUACUUCUUCUACGGCACACUUGUCGACCCUUCGAUGCUUGCUGAAGUCCUUGGCUUAGACGAGAAGCCUAAACUUCGACCUGCUUACAUACUCGGUUACGACUGUAAGAUGUGGGGUCAGUAUCCAGCCUUGGUCGAUGCGCCUGGAUCAGUUGUUCACGGUUUUGUGUAUCAUGUGCGCACGGUGGAAAGUGGCGAGAAGCUUGCGAUGUAUGAGACAAAUAAUUACCACGCCGAGCCCUGUCUCAUCAGAUUUACGGAUGACCAGCGGCCAAAAGAGGAUAUAGGACAUACGUUCAAAUUCGCGGGAAAUGUCAAUGAUCUGAGUGAUGGUAACUUCAGCUUAGAGCUCUGGUUGAGAAGGAUGGGUAGGCAGACUGAAGCAGACAAGGUGGAUUCUACGGGUGGCAGUCAGUAGUCGAGGUCUUCCGGUUUGCUUACUGGAAAAGAUAACGCCUCGAUUUAUCUAUAGUUGAGUGGAAUAUGCUUUAUCUUUGUUACAACUAUAUUUGUGCUCAAAGGCCGAAAACUCUGCUAUAUUGGAUAUCAUCGACCACUAAAAUCAAAAGUCCUUAAUUAUCUCGUUUCGCGUGAUAAAGCCAAGUGAUUAAGCUCGCAUUGGUGAACAGGUUCCGAUCUAAAAAUUAUUCCAAUUAUACGGUGCAACCAAGUCACGUGCUUCUUUCCUAGCAUAGCAAACAAUGUAAACAUUCUCGAUCCAUGAUUC